GGCACUUUAUAUAAUAUAAUUUACUGAGUACAAAGACCUUAUAGUAAUAAAGUACAAUAAAGAUGUCCAGUUAAUAGUAUUUGCAAAACAUAAGCAAAGAAACAGAUAAAACGAAAUACUGUUAUUGGUGUACGUAUCAACUGAUAACUUCUUAUUACCUUCUUAUCUUGCAUAUAAGAGACAUUACAAUGAAAUGCAGACACAAUCACAAGUAAACAUGAGUUUCGAAGGGAAAGUUGUAAUUGUAACAGGCUCCAGCUCCGGGAUAGGAGCGGCUGCAGCCAUCGAGUUUACUAAAGAAGGUGCAAGCGUCGUCCUAGUCGGAAGAAACGAAACGAAACUCAAAAGCGUGAGAAGAGAAUGUGAGAAACUUGGCAAAAAACCCCUUGUUAUUAAAGCAGAUGUCUCCAACGACGACGAAGCUAAAGGUCUCAUAGAAAAAACAAUUGAACAUUUUGGUAAGUUGGAUGUGUUAGUUAACAAUGCUGGUGUGAGUUACAACUUUGAUAUUACUAGUGAUGGAUUUAUGGAAAAUUUUGAUCAUAUAAUGAAUCUUAAUUUACGUGCUGCUGUAUACUUGACACAUUUGGUGAUACCACAUUUGAAAGAGACGAAAGGAAACAUCAUCAAUAUGUCGAGUGUAGCUGGUGUAACUGUGAACGGAGGAUCUGGUGGAACAAUUUCAUACUGCACUUCAAAAGCUGCAUUAAACCAUUUCUCACGCUGCGUUGCGGAGAGACUGGCACCGUACGGUAUCCGUGUUAAUAUAAUCAGCCCGGGACCAGUUCGAACUGACAUUCUGGAAAAUUCUAGAAAUUUCCAUUUGUCUUGGGAGUUGUUUAAAAAAAGAACGUUACUGAAGAGAGUAAGCGAGCCGAAAGAGGUCGCUGAUUUGAUUCUAUUCCUAGCUGGAGAUAAAGCUAAAGGUGUUACAGGUUCCGACUAUGUUGUUGAUAAUGGAUACUUGUUAAAACAAUAAAUAACAUUAACUAA